GGCGCGGCUGGGGCAGAGCGGACCACCGAGAGAGCCCGGCCGGCCAAACACCCUCCCCCCCAGCCCCGCGCCGCCCCGCCAACUCUGCGGCCCGAGCCUGCCGCUUCCCUUGCCCCAUGGAGCGAGGCCCGCUUGGCCCCUAGCGCGGCUUCGGUCCGGCCGGGAUGGCGUCGAUGGGGGACAUGGAGCCCGCUCCGUCCAGAGUGGCCACCAAGGUGGAGAUCACCGUCUCCUGCAGGAACCUGCUGGAUCUGGAUACAUUCUCCAAAUCUGAUCCAAUUGUGCUCCUCUAUGUCCAAGGAACUGCAGACAAGGAGUGGCGUGAGUUUGGCCGCACAGAAGUGAUUGACAAUACACUGAACCCAGACUUUGUCCGGAAGUUCGUUCUCGACUAUUACUUCGAAGAGAAGCAGAACCUGCGUUUUGAUGUUUACAAUGUGGAUUCCAAGACCUGCAGCCUGCCUAAGAAUAAGGACUUCCUAGGACAAGCGUACGUAGCACUGGGAGAGAUCAUUGGCUCCCAAAGAGGUCGGCUGGAGCGCCCCCUGACCGGGGUUCCAGGGAAAAAGUGUGGCACCAUUAUCUUGUUUGCUGAAGAGCUCAGCAAUUGUCGGGACAUUGUCACCAUGCAGCUCUGUGCCAACAAGCUCGACAAGAAGGAUUUCUUCGGCAAAUCUGACCCCUUCCUUGUGUUCUACCGCAGCAACGAGGAUGGCACGUUCACCAUCUGCCACAAGACAGAGGUUGUGAAGAACAAUCUGAAUCCAGUGUGGCAACCAUUCUCUAUCCCUGUGCGUUCCUUGUGCAAUGGGGACUAUGACAGAACUGUGAAAAUUGAUGUCUAUGACUGGGACCGGGAUGGCAGCCAUGAUUUCAUCGGCGAAUUUGCCACAAGCUACAGGGAACUCUCUCGUGCCCAAAGCCAAUUCACGGUCUAUGAGGUCUCAAAUCCUAGGAAGAAAUGCAAGAAAAAGAAAUACGUUAACUCAGGAACUGUUACCCUUUUGUCGUUCACGGUGCAAUCGGAAUACACCUUUGUCGAUUAUAUUCGAGGCGGGACGCAGCUAAAUUUCACAGUUGCCAUUGAUUUCACAGCCUCCAAUGGAAUUCCUUCGCAGCCCACCUCCCUCCACUAUAUGAGCCCCUAUCAGCUCAGCUCCUAUGCCAUGGCACUGAAAGCAGUUGGCGAAAUCAUCCAGGAUUACGACAGCGACAAACUUUUCCCUGCCUAUGGCUUUGGGGCCAAGGUUCCACCAGAUGGCAAAGUGUCCCACCAGUUCCCUUUGAACAACAACCUGGAGAACCCCAACUGUGAAGGCAUUGAGGGAGUCCUGGAAUCGUAUUUCCAGAGUUUGCGUACUGUACAGUUAUAUGGACCCACCAAUUUUGCACCUGUCAUCAACCAAGUUGCCCGUUUGGCUGCCGAGGUUACCGACGGGUCUCAAUAUUAUGUCCUUCUCAUCAUCACGGAUGGUGUCAUCUCUGACAUGCUGCAAACCAAGGAAGCAAUUGUCAGCGCCUCUUCUUUGCCUAUGUCCAUCAUCAUUGUGGGAGUAGGCCCUGCGGAAUUUGGAGGUAAGUGUUGCCCACAGUUUGUACCAUUCCGGGACUAUGUGGACCAUUCGGGGAACCACGUAUUGAGCAUGGCACGCCUGGCCAAGGACGUCUUAGCUGAAAUCCCUGAGCAGCUUCUCUCUUACAUGAAGGCCCGGGACAUCAAGCCUCUCAAUGCUAAUAAACAGUAG